CCCGAUAACAAUGGUUUAAUGAGUAAACCAUUUUUGGUAGACAUUCAACCUUCCAGAGUUGCUAAUGUGCUAAUUCCACACGGAAGUUCUACAGCUUUAGUGUUUGCUGGAUCUUCAGAGCCACAUAAAACUGGUGAUUAUGUUGAUGACCCCUUGCCUUAUCCUGAACCUGGGUAUUUUGGCAGCUUUAGUAUAGAUGCUCCUCAAAUGACUAAUGUUCAUAAUGUUGCACCGACCAGUAAUAAACAAUAUGCCGUCAAACCCACUCAUAGACCAUUAGAACCGUAUAAACCACCACAGAUUUAUAAGAAUCAUACGUUUAAACCUGAGCAAAAAAUUAAAUGGAAGGAAACUAAACCUACUUUUGAUUACAAUAAGAUUCCUCCACCAACGAGUAAUCAAGAAACUUUCUUGCAAGUAGGCCCUCAUAUAACUGCUUACAAUCCCAAUAUUUAUCAUCCAAACAAUGGAAACUUUGAACAUUAUAGUCAUGUUGGAGGCAAGAAUAAGAAAAAAGAAGUCAUCGAUAAAGAAUAUGAAAAUUAUUUGGCCGUGCCACCUCCACCACCAAAAAUGCACUUUAAUCAUGACAGUAACAAUGAUAAAAAUAAACCAUAUCUUCAAAAACCAAUCAUUCAUACAAAACCAGUGCAAGACAUGAAGGUAUUCCUAAACAUUCAGCACCCAGUACCGAAACCGCCUCAAAAAGAUCAAUUACCUCCGAAGAUUACGUCGGAAAUAUACUUUGCGGCUCAAGUACCUAAUAAUAAACCCACUCCUGUGUACACUGUACAUAUCCCACCAGCAGAAUCUUCGUAUGGCAAUUCUUUACACGUGCCCCAAAAUGAAGGUCAUGGCGAAACUCAUAGAGAUACAGCUAGUGGUUCCGGACAAACCCAUGGGUCAGUAUCUACUAAUCCAUCGCCCACUUAUGCCAAUAAAUCUAUUGCUAAUAAUGAGCAUGACAAGGAAGGUACAUACACAGUUACACUUAAUACUGCAACCAACGUGGCUAGCAAUGUUGGUGACAUUGGACAAGUAGUCGGGUCCAGCGUACCAGUAGCAAUAGGCACUGCAUCUAAGUAUGGUGAUUUGAAUACAGAUAUACCAAUUUCAACCAAUUUUGCUAUAAGAGUUGAAGACGAAGCUACAUCUCUAGAUACAUACACCUCACAAAGCAAUCAAAACACACCGAUAGUACAUGAACAUGCUGGCGCAGUGAUUAAUGAUUACAGUGAUGCACUGAACAAAGUGUCUAUGGGAGAUAAUAGAUGGAACACAACCUCGCCGAUUAAGAGCGAACCAGCUAUUAAAAAUGAAUAUCAAGAUUAUUAUAACAGUCCUAACUCCGUUAAACCAAAUCAAAAUAAUGUUCCCAGUCCAUCAAAAGCUCCAUCUUUAAAUAGCCAUGCCAAUUUUCCUAUGACAAAUGACUUUACGACUCCAUUCAAUGAUUACAAUGGUGUCAAACCAGUGACCGAAUAUGUUGAUGAUAUAAAAUCAAAUGACCAAAAGAGACCCCCGAAGUUAAUGCCAAAUAUUCCAACUAACUCGCAUGGUUGGUAUUCAAGUAUUCCUCUUAAUGAAAAUACAUUAAACAGCAUAACACAAAUUAAAGUAGAAUCAACUACAAGAAAAAUUAUUCCCCUACUCCCAGAUUACAAUAAAGACCUGCCUAAUUUCGGUCAAAAAAUUUCAAGUGUGGGUAAACCACCAUCUGAAUUUUGGGGAAAAGAUAAACCAUCUUUAACGCACCAUGGUAGACCUUUCAGUAAACCUAAUGAUUACACAGUAUUGUUUACGAGCCAACCACCCUUCACCUCAAAACCCUACGGACCAAGUUAUAUACCAUCAAACUUUGGUGCUGUAAAACAACCUGCUUAUGACAUACCCAUCAGAGAUAACAGCGAUGAAACAACAACUGUGAAAUUCACCAGGCCAACUACUACCACAACUACGGAACAAAUUAAACCAGUAUUCGAAACCUCAGAAGAAAUAUAUGAUGGACAAGAAGAUACUGAUAAUAACAACAGUGAGAUUGAUGGAGAAGUUAGUCAGGAAUCAAUGAAGGUGCCUAUUGUCAGUACGUCGAGUGACGUUGAGAACACUUCUAAAUCAACAACACAACUAACUCUACUACAGGAUGAGGUAAUACCGACUCAAGACACACCAAAAGAUAAAAACGUGAAUCUAGUAGAUUUUAAUCCUGGAACACAAACCGAAAAACCAUUUGGGUCUAAUAAUAGGACUUCGUUUUCGUCUAAUACGAUUAAACCGGUCUAUGAUCGUAAUCCAUAUGUGGAUCCGAGACCAUUUACGGUUAAUACCAUUACAACUUUAGAUCAUCAGUUGCACCAACCGCAUUGGCAGAUUAACCAGAUGUUAGAAAAUUCAACUAAUAUGUCAUAUGAAGAGAACUUUGAGUUAAAUACUGGUGAAGAAAUGAGUACUAUAUCUACCACUAAACCAUCUACUACACACAAAGUGCCAUACUACACGAACAACCAGGAGGGUAAAUAUAGGAGACCACCUAGACCAGUUUUCUCCGCUCGGCCAAGCAACACAUCCCACGACUCUAAUAAUAUUAUUACAUCUACAGUUCAUAUACAAGACAAGAAGCCUUUGAUAAUAGAAAAACCAAGUGAAAAGACAACAUUACCAACAUUUACUAUUACAACAGAUUUAGAUGUCAAUCGGACUUCAAGUGAAAUUAUCGAUUUAUCACCGCCACCACCAACAAUCGACUACAAUUUCAAACCUUCAAUGAACGACGAAAUGAUUAUGGGAAUGAGCCCUCCGCCUCCUAGAACUCCACCUGCUAUAAGACAACCAGUCCGAACUACCCCAAGACCUAUUAGAACACCUCCUUCAUAUAAAACCUUGCCGCCUCGUACAUUACCUCCGAGAACAUUGCCUCCCAGAACAACAACUCAGAGACCCACAAGAAAACCUGUCACGAGAGACGAAGUCUCAACUUAUAGACCUUCGUUCGAUAUUAAUAAUAUUAAACGUCCAGCCUACAACCGUGGUCAGCCAUCGUUGCAACUAUUACCUCCGCCUCAAGAACCAUCGCGUGUUAUAGAAGUGAAUCCAGACCCAACAGAAAGACCAACACCGCCUUCUGUUAUCUUCCCCACACCUGUUUCUUCAGGAUGGUUAACAUCUUCAGGAAUUGAAUUUGCAUCAGGUUAUGACUUUGAACCUACUUCUAUACAGUUCCCUGGAACAGUGCUUCCCACUAUAAUUGCUCCGUGGCAUACUUCAUCUACUGAAAGAAGUUCAAAUGAGGAAGAGUCAAGUGAACGUAAUGAUAACCUUAGUACAGAGAAACCUGUUACUGAAGAAAAUACAUCAGAUUCAAGCAAAGAGGGUACUGACCAUCAAUCUUCUGUCACUUUUGAACGACCUGUCUCCACAGAAUCCACCAGCAAAGAAUCACAGGAGGACGUUUCUACAGAAAGAAUAAAGUUUGGAAACGCUGGAUAUAGAAACAGAACUCGUAGGCCUUACCCAUCACGAGAUAGUACUAGUAAGUACAAAACGACUACAACGAAAAAACCUACAUCAACAACGAAACCAAUCAGAACACGUCCAGAAAUUUUAUAUCCUACACGGCCUACACCUACUAAGAAGAUUCCAGUAAUUAGACCAAUACCUCAGAGACCUAUAACAAUUAGUCCAUCGAGCGUUAUUGAAAGUUCCGAAUCUCCAGUUGAAGAGAAUUUCAUCAAACCAACAGAAGUACUUAAAGAAAGCUCUUUGCCUUCUAUACAAGAAUUGGAGGCUUCAAACGUGAUAGAAAAAGUGCCAUCAAGCGUAUAUACUCCUAUUGCAGAAGGUAGCGUAGUUGUGAAGCCAACCCAUCACGCUGGUAACGAAGUUAAGGUAUUUGAUGAGAUCAUACCAACAAAAACUGAAUUUAAGACUACGGUAGUAACUCUAACAAAGACGUUAUCUGAACCACCACAAAUUAUUUCAAGCAUUGGGUACGUUAACUUAACUCAUACUCUUACUGUCACCCAUACAAAGACAAGUCUUGUGAGUCAAUCAGAAGGAGCUGUAACGCAAACGUUGAUUCUCACUAAUACACAUACAUCAACUAUAGUAGACGUUGUCACUGAAGUUUAUACACAAGUCCAGCCAACCACAAUUAUUGAGACUGUCACCAAACAUAUUCCCAUACCAUUAGACCCAACGCCGGUUGUAGAAGCGACAACUAAGACUAAAUUGGCUCUAGAUGAUGUUACUAUGUCUUCAGAAGAAACUGACAACUUUAUCAUAAAAGAUAGUGAGACAACUGAAAAUAUACAAAAGAUUCAUACUGAAAGUGACAAUGAAAACGACACGUUCUUAAUAGUAAUGAAUAAGUCUCAGAAUGGUGGGCAGGCACCACCUGUACAGACAGAUAUUGAAACCGGUGAAUAUGAUGGAAUCACGAGAAAUGAACAAGUAAAUAGCAACGGAGUGUCACAAGUGCUUUUUGGGGAAAUUUUACUGGCUGGAACGCCAUAUUUGGAGACUACGAACGUCGGCCAUCCCACUGGAUAUGGCAAAGAAUGCCAACCAGACUGCAAAGCGUCGAGGAACGAGCGCUGUCAGAGAAUCGAUGGACUUAUGAAGUGUGUGUGCAGACCUGGGUUUGCCAGGAUGUUCCCUGACAGACCUUGCAAACCUACCUAUACCUACUCCGUCAAGCUUGCCCUCGGCACCCAAGGCAACGAACGUCUCCAGUUCCAUGAAAGCUUGGCAGACAACUCCAGCAAGGAAUACCAAGCGCUAGCUGUGGCCACCCAUGAGGGUAUCAACAGGAUGAUCAUGCAGUCGGAUCUGCGGGACGUAUUCCAUGGAGUGCACAUCACGGGCUUCCAUCCGGUGGAGAUGAGGACUGAUGGAGAAUUGUACCAGGGAGUUAUGAAUGACUUUUAUGUGCAGCUAUCCGACAAUGCGCACGAGAGCCGCCUGAAGGAGGUGCUCGAGAAGUACCUCCGCCAGAACAAUUACAGUCUUGGUGGAACCGACGUCCACGCCGCGGGAGAGUUGCUGGACAAGCUGGAAGUUAACGACUUCGACGAGUGCGUCAGCGGGCAGUUCCAUGACUGCUCGGAACAUUCCCAGUGCUUCAACCUCCGGGGCACGUAUACCUGCAGCUGUCUCGAGGGCUUCGCAGACUUGAGCGUCAACUCACAGUACCCUGGUAGAAUAUGUUCUGCUGAACCAGUGGGAUGCGAGCGGUGCAACUACCACGGAGCGUGCUACUCCCGCGACGAUCGCCGCGUACUGUGCGAAUGCUUCCAGUGGUACGCAGGCAGCACAUGCCAUAUCAACCUGAAGGUGGUGUUGAUAUCCUUGGUUGUGGUUGGCGCCCUACUGACAGCUGUUCUGGCGGCGUGUGCUGUAGUGGCCUGCUCGCGGCGUCCACGCCCCCCGCCUCGAUCCAUCGUGGCUUGUAUUCAGAGCAUGCCAGGACUUCAUCAGGGUGCCAUGCCGUCGAAGCAGCGUGCCGACCGAAGAGCCCUGAUCAGCGAGAGGGGAGCCGACUCCGGUGACGCGUCGAGUGUACAGAAUGCCUCGCUUCCCUACAUGCCGGCUAAGAGACCGAGCAAGAAGACGGCGAUCUCGGAGCCGCCGGCGCACGACCCGCCGCCGCCGCCCGCGCCCGCCGUCAUGAUACCGCGCGCACGCCUACAUCCACACCACUCUGACAGCCGGGAGAAUAUCUCACGGAAGAAGAGUUUGGAGCUUAGCAGCGAAGCCAAGCUGAUCAGCUACUUGGAGUCAGGAGCUAUUACCAACAGCAACUCCAACGAUGAGAUGAGAAGAAAACACAGCAUGGAAUCAUCUUACAGUGCCAUGAAAGAGAGACAUAAUAAGCAAGGUGCAUUAGUAUCGGCAGGGUUCAAGGUGUCCACCACCAUCCGGCCUGACGAGCCCGUCAAGGAUCGCGACGACAUGUCGUCUGUGCACAAGGACAUGGACGAUUUGCGGUUCGACUCGCUCAGGAAAUCUUAUAGCCAAGAAGACUUAUCAGAAUGGACUGAUGCCGAACGCCGACUUGGAGAGUUAACCCUGUCCGAGGCCCGGUCGGUCGGCGGCACUCUCCCGGCCAGCACGGGGCGAGCAGCAUCGUCUACUCGCUUAACACAUCAGGAGGCCAACACGAUGGCGGAGCGCGACCUCGGAUCCACCUUCCUACUGCCGCACGUGCACCUCUAUAAACCGGACCUAACGAGCGACGUAUCGGAGUUCGAUUCCCUGUGAAGACACUCAGUCAAUUAGAUUACUGUAAGACUUCAGAAUGUGGCGUGAAAUUGUACCACCAAAGUGAAGACUAAUGUUAUUUAUUUUAUGUUAUAAGUCGGCACACGGUAGUGGCCGAACUUGGCUUUGCACUACCGCGUGCCUCGGUGCUUAAUAUGCAACACGGAGGAUGGAAGGGAUUGGAGAUGCUUAACUACAGUAGACCAAGUGUCAAAUAGAAACGUGGGAGGUUUUAUGACUAAACUUUAACAUCGCCCACACACUAACCUCCUUAUUCAUAAACGUGUAAUAAAGUUACGAUGCCGCUAAUCAUCGUUUGUCCUUUUCCGACGUAUCGGUAUGAUGGAAAGGGACAAACGAUGAUUAGCGGCAUCGUAACUUUAGUACACGUUUAUGAAUAAGAGGGUUAAUGUUUUUCUUCUCAUUUGUUUUGAGUUGACGACAUUUUCAUACCAAAAUAAAUGUUUACUACAUCAGAAUUAAUAUUUAAUCCAUUCAAGUAAUUUCAAUUGUAAUUGUAGGGCAUAAAUAGAUCCUAAAACAAUAGAUUGCAUUGCAGAAUAAAAUUACUUUUACUGGGUUUAUUUUACUAAAUCGUUAAAGUAACUCUUGUAAUUUAUAAAAACGUUAUUAAAAUACAGGGUACAACAAUAUUGAACCUUAUAUUUUUAUCACCACACGUUAAAAAAUCAAUAACAU